AUGUCCACGUGCGGAGAGAUUAGGCAACUCGUAGGCGUAUUAAAAAGGACUCAAGAUGAGGAAUAUGGCCUUUGCCUUACUGAACGAACAUGGAUAACGAUUCUGCAUCAGUUGAACUCUCGAAUAAAACUCUUUCAUACAAUUGAUGGUCGCAAUUUCUUAACGAAGGAACAAGUCAACAAAGAAAUUAUUAAUGAAUUGGAAGCGCAUUCAGGUAGGAUACUGAUUUCAGAGCUUUCCGCAAUAAUGGACAUUGAUGCUCAUAUUAUUGAGAGUAGGACCGCUGAUCUAAUUGGUCAAGACGUUAAUAGCGAAAAUCCCAAUAGGAUAAUGGGACUACCCGGUGAAGUGAUAUCUUACUCAUAUAUAAUCCGUGUUGCUCGUGAAAUCCAAGAUGUAAUGGAAGAACGAGGGUUCACUACGCUAAUCGAACUUUCUAGGAAAUUCGAUUUACCCACGCACUUGGUCAGCAAUAUAGUUGACAAACACAUGUGUAAUGUCCACAAAGAUGGCGAGACUAUCUACACGGAUGUAUAUUUAGAAAAAUUUAGAGCAAAGAUAAGAGGAUACUGUAACGCUCUUAUAAGGCCAGUAACAGUCAAUGUCGCGUCUGCAAAACUAAAUCUUGCUGAGAGCAUCUUCGUUUUUCUUCUGGAGGGACUCAUUAUAUCUAGCAAAGUAAUGGGAAGUUUUGUGGUCAGUGAAGGUGUCUUUGUGCCUUCUUGCUUCGUACGCGCUCAGGAUACAUAUAUUACAACAUUUUUCGAGCAAAAUGGCUACGUUGAAUGGGGUUUUAUUAAGCAAAUCGGUAUAAGUGAUCCCGAAUUAUAUGUGGAAUCCAAAUUUAAGGAGGCUUCACACUCUGAUGGUAUUAGCAUCAGUGAAUCCUUAUUUCUUCAAAUAAAGGCUGCUAUUGAUGGGGCUAUAUCUGAUUCCUCUUGGGUUGAUCUGAAUUUUUACCUACCAGUCAGUGUUAAUCAGAAAGAAAUCGAAGCUAUAAUGGCACCAUUUAUCAAGGGAAAACCUGCAUGCUUACUGCAGAAUGCUAUCUAUGUCGUUAGUAAUGACUUUAAAAAACACUGCUUCUUCAAACUUGAACUAAUCAUUAUGAAAAAAGCAGAAGAGGAGGCUCUCCGCAUAGAGUCUCUCCAGUCAUUCGUCGCUUCUAGAACACCGGUCGUUAGCAAGCAGCAUGAACAAUGCAACUCUUUAACUAAGGUAUCCAGAGCUGCAUGUUCGUUUGAGGUGGGUGCCAGAGAAGUCAAAACUAAAAAUAUGAAAAGGAAGUACGUGGCCAACAAAAAAGAAAAUAUAGGUGAAAAAAAAGAAGAAGGUUUAAUUGAAAGAUUCACGGACCAUAAUUCUAUAAUGUCCGUGCUCCUCACUACAGAUCCCGUAUCCACUUUUGCAGAUGAUUUACAUUUCGUCCUCUCAGAUGACCCUGUAUCCGAGUUACCCUCAGAGCUUAUCGAUGGGAUAUUGCUAUUGCUUUCUGAGGAUAUAAAUAAGCUUUACUCUGAUUGCAUCAUCACCGCCUUGUCUCGUAUGGCAAAUGUUACCAUCAAAAAGAGAGAUUAUACUGGAGUUAAAACUCUCCUCAAAAAUACUAUAAUGGACAUCCAGCUAAUUGAACGGGGAAUAUUAGCCAUUAAUUCAGAUUCAUUGCGCCCAGAACUACUCAAACAUCUGAUGCAUAAACACGCCUCUCUAUUUAUCAACAAUAUUUGUCAUCUUAUAGCUGUAGAUGAGGAUCUUCAGUGGCCAAACGCUAAUCUGCCUCAAUUUGGAUGCUCGCCAAAUGCUGGCACCUUAGCCAAGUUUGGUUACAAUGAUACUGAGAGCCGAUUAAGUCCUAAAAAGAAAGUAGAUGAUCAAAUGCUUGAUGAAUUUGAUUGGAUUGCCUUUAAUCUCUCGGAUUUAGGCAAGUUUACUCUAAUUCACAUCUUGUUUUUUUCGUCCUGGUUUUAG